UUUUUGAUAUCGAUAUUAGUUACAAAGUUCUAUUGAAUACAAUAGUUUAAAUCAAGUUUUGUUAAACUCUGUUAAAUUGCUACAUAUUCUUUAAAAAUGAAUCGUUUUGCAAGUGUUUUCGUUAUUGUUGCCGCGUUGGCUGCUUUGUCUCAGGCUGAUGUAAAUGAUCCACGCCUGAAGGCCUCCCUUGAAAAGUGCAUUGGUUCAGAAAAGGCUUCGCCUGCUGAUGUAGAAGCCUUGAAAGCCCAUUCUUCAGACCUAUCCAGAGAAGCCCAAUGUGUUAUGGCUUGCGUAAUGAAGGAGUUCAAACUUCUUGGCGACGAUGGAAAAAUCAAUCGAGAUGUCUACAUGGCAGAAGCUGAAGAAAUGGCCAAAGGUGAUGCCGGUGCCAUCAAGCAAGCUACGGAAAUGUAUGACAUUUGCUCUGCCAAGACUGUUGCUGACAACUGUGAAUCUGCCAAUAAUUUCGGGCAAUGUAUAAAAAAUGAAAUGAUUGCAAGGAAUAUCCCACUUGAUAUGUAAACUCCGUGGCGACUGGAUGGCAUGGACGGUUAUGUGACACAUGAAAUCGAACCAAAGGAUUAUGCUAAGAUGUGAAAUUAAAGCCUGAACAGCGUUCAUUAGAUAGAUUUUAAGUUAGCUUUCAUUAUUGUAGUUUAGAUAGCAAGGAAAAUGUUCAAUAAAUAAAUGUUUAUUUGUCAUUGCAA